AUGCCGAGGUUCACAGAUGACAUCACGGUGAGUGUCGAUAUGAUGUUCCAAAUGCUGCGGAACAUGGGCUUCAACCUUCACUACCACGAAGUGAGGUUCGAAGCCGAAAUGGGCGACCCUGGAGCAGAUCAGGUCAGCUUCAUGAACUUCAUACCCUGGGCGAUACGAGUACGAGAGAGCCAAAGAGACCAGGUGAGGAACCAACAUGGCUUUGGCAAGGAGGAGGUUCAAUCUUUCCGAGAAGAUUUCCAAGCCUAUGCGCGAGGCAAUGCAAUUCGGCCUCUCGACCUCAGGCGGCUUUUGACAGAGAAGUUUCCCAUGUUGGCUGACAAGAGUGCCAUGAAGGACAAUCGAGCAAAGCUUAGCGAAGUCUUGGCUGACAAGGGUCCUGUGAAGCUUCUGGAGUUUUUGGCUUUGGCACGGAUUUGCCAUGACAUCAUUGAGUUGGACAAGCUGAAAAAGGAAAGGGAUACCAUUCAGACCACCGGCUUCUCAGCUGCAGAGGUGGACGAAUUUCGUGGCCUCUUCAUGGAGCAAGCGACCAGUUCCGGCCUCCCGGGGAGCUUCCGGAACCGCAUCGUUUUCAGCGAGCUCAAAGCGUUGUUGAAGAAUGUGAUACCUUUGGGCGAUAACAAUGUCCAGGAAUUGAAAAAGCACAUCCGCAUUGUGCGCAAGCAUGCCGGAGAGGACUCAGUGAACUUUACCGAAUUUCUUCAUCUCAUGCGAUCAAUGUUGGAUUCCAACUUCGCUGGAAUUGCGGAGCUGAGCAAUAAAAAGCGCGCGGAAGAUCAGAAGGACUUGUCCUGA